AUGUCGGCAAACGCAUCRUCAUCGUAUCCGCCGAGCCUCAACGAGCAACAGAAGGGAUAUUUGCUUUCAAAUCUCAAGGAUUGGUCCAUUGCCCACGGCCUCGCAGUCAGACCAACAAGCACAUAUGUGCCAUCCGAGCAAGACCCUGCUGGAGCAUUGGCGACGACUGCGCCAGUGACCAUAUUUCCUUCUCUAUUCCCUCGAGGAUGUUUUGAACAGGCCAAGUCCGUGGUCAAGGCCUACAAUGAACUUUAUUCGGCCAUUUCCAGUGACGAGGCCUGGCUCACAGGAAUCGUUGAAGAGCUUGUCGAGAUUGACGAUUUCAUGGCCGGGCUUUGGAAAGUGCACCUUGCCGUCAAGUCUGAAGGAUAUGCUCAGUCCCUUGCCUUUGGCCUAUUCCGAUCAGACUAUAUGGUUCAUAUCGAUCAGACCAACGAAUCAAAGACAACUGUAAAGCAAGUCGAAUUCAACACAAUAGCUUCUUCCUUUGGAGGGCUCUCCAGCCAGGUUUCUGCAUUGCACCGCCAUCUUCUUUCCAUCGAUGCCUAUCCUGAGAACACAUCAUCUCUCAUAACACAAGAAUCCCUACCCAGCAGCGAUUCCGCCGAUGCUCUUGCAACCGGUAUGGCGAAGGCACAUCAAGCUUACGGACCAUCGAGCACUGGACUUCCAGUCUGUGUAAUCUUCUUGGUGCAGGACCCCGRGCGCAACGUCUUCGAUCAACGACAUGUGGAGUACUCGCUGAAUGAGAAACACCACGUUCGAACAUUCCGCCUUCCAUUCGACCGGGUUUUGCAAGACAGUAAAGUCGACGACCAAAGAAAGCUCAUCUACUCACCUCCACAGAACCCGGCAAAGCGGUACGAGGUUUCGGUAGUUUACUUCCGAGCUGGAUACGCCCCUUCAGAGUACACAAGCCAAUCGCACUGGGAUGGUCGUCUCCAAAUCGAAAGAAGUGCUGCGAUCAAGUGUCCUACUGUACUCACGCAGCUGGCAGGUACUAAGAAGGUGCAGCAAGUCCUUGCUACUCCACAUUCCCCCCACCUCGCCCGAUUCCUGCCAGACAAAGUGCAGGCGUCAGAAGUGCUCAACACAUUUGCCCCAAUACACCCACUCGACAAGAGCGAGGCUGGGCUUGAGGCUCGUAAGCUGGCGACCAGUCCGGAGAGCGCAGUUCGCUACGUUCUCAAGCCACAGCGUGAAGGUGGCGGAAACAAUGUAUAUCGCAAAGCGAUUCCCGACUUCCUCAAAAGUCUGCCUGAAUCUCACUGGCCGGCACACAUCUUGAUGGAGAUGAUCGAGCCCCCAGAGCAAAGCAACUCCAUCUUUCGUAACGGCGAGCUCCACACUGGCGGCGUGAUAUGUGAGCUGGGGAUCUAUGGAGCUUGUCUCUGGGAGACUCGCAACAACGGCAAAAGAGUCGUCUUGGAAAAUUUCGAGGCUGGCUAUCUGCUUCGCACAAAAGGCGAUCAGAGUGAAGAAGGCGGUGUUGCAGCUGGCUUUGGAAGUGUCGACAGCCCAUGUCUAUAUUAG